AUGUCACCAGAAGCUCAACAAAUGUUGCAGGAAUUUUGGCCUAAAGUUCAUGAUAAAAUACAAAAACCCAAAGAGAAUGAUUUAAAAAAUCAAGAAUUACCAUUAGCUAGAAUUAAGAAGAUUAUGAAACUUGAUGAAGAUGUCAAGAUGAUAAGUGCUGAAGCUCCUGUAUUAUUUGCGAAAGCAGCUGAAAUAUUUAUUAGUGAAAUAUCUCUCCGAGCCUGGAUUCAUACUGAAGAUAAUAAGAGAAGAACACUUCAGAGAAAUGAUAUUGCUAUGGCUAUAUCUAAGUUUGACCAGUUUGAUUUUCUGAUUGACAUUGUACCAAGAGAUGAAAUGAAACCAGCCAAAAGACAGGUCAGAAAUUUAUUUUUACUAUAG